AGAAAACUAACAGAAUUCAAUUAAAACAAGCUUUGUUGCUGCAGUUCUUACAAGAGGACCAUGGCAACCAAAGUGUGAGAGGAAAUAGCCUGGGUCCGAGGUUGGACCAAAUGUUUUAAUGUUCUCUAUAUGUUCGUUUCCACAGGUAGCUCUGGCAAACGAGGUCCGAGAGGACCUCGUGGACAAGCAGGGAAGUCAGGGGGUGUCACAGGUGGUGCAGUGUACACCAGGUGGGGAAGAAAGACAUGUUCCAACAAAACAACCCAAUUGUAUUCAGGUAAAUAAAUCUCGACUGAAAUAUAGAAAAUUCUAGGACUAUAAUAAAGUAGAUGUAUUCUGUGCAAUUUUAUUUAUUGUUCUAUGUUUUAUUACGUUUCUCACAGGUGUGAUGGCAGGGUCGCAUUAUUCACAUUCUGGUGGGGGUUCAAACUAUCUCUGCCUGCCUUUAAACCCGAUUUUUGAGAAAGUUGGGUCAGGUAAUCAAGGAAGCAAUUACAUCUAUGGCACUGAAUACGAAAUAGGUCAUGCUCAAAAGCAUUUGUUUGAAAACACAAAGCUUCACGACCAUGAUGCACCAUGCGCUGUGUGCCACACUGAGUCACGUGGGAGUCACAUGAUGAUCCCAGCCCGCAACACCUGCCCCUCAGGUUGGACCUUGGAGUACAAAGGAUAUAUCAUGUCCGGACAUUAUGGCCACAAAGGACGAUCCCAGUUCAUAUGUGUUGAUGGAAAAGCCGAGGCAACUUUUGGAUCACACGUCGACAAGAAUGGAGCUUUGUUGUACUUGGCGGAAGCUGCUUGUGGCUCUUUGCCUUGCCCACCGUAUGUGCAAGGUAAUGAACUCACCUGCGCCGUGUGCACGAAAUGAAAUGGCGAUGACGAGAAACGGAACCGAAACUUUUUUAUGAUAAAGAAACUUGGAACGCCCUCAGAUUCAUUAACAUGCUUACUCUAUUAUAUCGGUUAGGAAUAACAUUCAGCUAGUAUUGUACGCUAGUUUUGCAAGCAAUAGUUUUGUAGUUGAGCUUUGGUCACUUUCAUAGUGCUAAAUCAUAGAGAAAUAAUAAAGAUACACGUUUCAGCAUUAAAUUACGUUGUGUACUUACUAAGGCCGAUUUACAUGUCACAACUUUUGCCUUAAA